AUGUCGUUCCUCAAAGGACUCACGACAGGCCCUAACCAAGUCCAAGAUAAUCGCCCCGAGACCUGGCCAGCCUCUACAAAGUGGGAGCAGGAGCUCAGCGAGCUCAACUUCAACGAAAAGGCGGACAACGAGCCUCGGUUCCGACACUUGCUGUGGAAGAAAGUAUUCGAACGUCAAGCAGGGGCUGAGAAGCCAUUCUUUUCCACGCCCAUCGAGACCGAAAAAAUCACAUGGUCGAUUUGGUUGACCCCUGAUGCUUUGUGGGACAGAUUCGACACACUUAGUUGGAACAAGCUUCGGCAAGGAGAGGAGCGUCGACUUUUUAAAGAGAAGUUCGACAAGAUCAUCAAGGAGGGCGAUGCCACGUUCAAUGAGAACGGUGAGCUUGAGCUUCAUGGGUGCACUUUCUUUGUCUGGACGUCACGUCUGGAUGGCCCAUAG